GGUGGUGGAUUGAUUGGAAGAUGGGUGCAUAGAAGGGAGAGGUCUCCCUUCCGCGACGACAACUGCUGUGUGUCCGCUCUGAUGGGUCUAUCAUCGUAUACCUUGCCUUGAUUGGUCGGUUGAUUGAUUGGAUGAUUGAUUGGAUGAUUGACUGAUUAGGAGGGGGGAGUAACUGGGAUGAUGAUGGUAGCGCGGCAAUGCCGUGAGAGCUUGCGAUAUGCGUCUCCCGCGUAAAGCGUUCAAUUUGGCGGGUCGAACACCGAUCCCGACCGAUCCAUGUCAUCAAUCCGUUCAAUUAGGAGAAGCUGGAGGACAAGGGGGCCUAGGAAUAGACGUCCGAGGAGGUAGAGGAGAAGGAGGAGGAGGAGGAGGAGGAGGAGGAAGAAGAAUGAGAGGAGAGGGUAUUAUGAUGAUGACUCGUGGUCGGUUUCCCAGCAGUUCCCCUCUCAGCGGCGCCGGGGGGAACUCGAGAGGCUAUCGACUUGAUGUCGUCAUUCGUAAGUUGGGGACCUUCAUCUGCGUACUCGUGAUCGUCGGAUCCGUCGUUGGCGUGGCCAAUCUUACGGUGGUACGGACAGGAAUGUACAACCUGCACGAGAAGAAAGAGGUGAUGAAGGACAACACGUUGACUGAUGACGUCGUCCCACGUGGCACGACAAACGGGCCUUCUGGGUCGAGAUUGAGCGGAUCGCGGCUAAGAAGGCAUCUGGACUCUUUUUUGACAUCCGAUGGUGGUCGUCACGCGCACGGGGAUGGGCGUGACGGCGGGGGGGAGGGGUUCUCCGCCGGCGGCGGCGGCGGCGACAGGAAGACAUCAGCAUCCGUCGGAUCGCACGGCGGCGAUGGAAGUCGGGAUCUCACUGCUCUCCUCCGGGAAAGAGCGGUCGAUCGCACGGUCAUUGUGGCCAGCGUGCCCACGGUUGACCACGUGGAUUUCGCCCUGAACUGGGUGUGUCACUUGCACCGCGUCGGGCUGACUAAUUACAUCCUCCAUGUCACGGACGAUGACGUCCGCAUUCGGCUCUCGUCUGCGGGGUUGGGCGCGGUGGUGCAUCUGGGAGCGAGCGCGCUGAUCUGCAUCGACGAAGUCGGGGAGAAGGAAGCCAAGUGCCGGCGGACUGUCGCGGCUGCUGCGCCGCGGGUUCUUGCCCAGGGGAUGGCGUUAGAUGACAUCCCCCUCAGCGAUGAUGAGCUGGCAGUGGCGGCGGCAAGGACGACCUUGGUGGCCGAUAUCCUUGCGAUGGGGUACAAUGUCGUCGUCUCGUCGAUCGAUUCGCUCUUUCUCCACAACCCCUUCGUUCAUAUCAAUGCGACUGCUUAUGAUGUUCUGGGGGCGCAAUGGCUGACACCUGAGGGGGACAGAAGAAGAAGAAGAAGCAGCAGCAGCAGCAGAAGCAGCAGGAGAAGGAGAGGAAGAGGAAGAGAGGAGGACGUGCAGAAAACGGAGGACACAUCAUCGUCACAACUGCACAACAACAGGUCAUCGUCGUCAUCGUCGUCGUCGUCAUCGUCAUCGUCAUCGUGGUCGUCGUCGAGAUCCGACGGUGGUAGUAAUCUCAUUUCAGAGGCUUUUGUGUUCUUGCGAGGUGGCCGGCCUGCGGUCGCGACCUAUUGGGAUCGGGUGCGCCGCCAUCGCCUUUCCCUCCUGCGGUGGCCGUUCGACAAGCAGGGCAGGGCAAGCUCUGGCUUUGAUGACGAUGCCAAUGAUGAUGAUGAUGAUGGUGAUGAUGAGGGUGAUGGUAAUGACAACGAAGACGACGAUCUUUCGAGGAGUCGACAGCACGUCGAGCCGCUGCCAAUUCAUCCGCCGCCGGAGGACUCACGGUAUGAUGAUGCAUCACCCCUUCCUCCAGUAGUACGAGUAGGGGAGGAGGAGAAAAGGGAACGUCGAGAGGAAGACGAAGAAGCAGAGAAGUCACCACGUCAUUCCCGCCGCCACUUGCAUAUGGUCGUCCCCCCUGAUCGUUCUUCUCGGGACUCUGCCGCUCCCCUCCUCUCCCUUACCACCUCCUCCUCCUCCUCCUCCUCCUCGCCGUCGACCUCCACGUUCUCUGCUGCCACCUCCUCCUCAGCCUUCCCCCCGUCUUCACCCUCCUCGUCAUCAUCCCCCUCCUCGUUAUCACCCUCCUCCUCCUCCUCAUCCCUCUCCUCUGGAGCAGCAGGUUCUGCUCAACUGACGCUGGGUGCGUCCGUGGCGACGAGCGAUCGGAAGAGGGAACAGCACAAUCACCGAAGCUAUUCGCCUUCAUCAUCACCUUCUUCAUCAUCACCCUCAUCGUCCUCCGCCUCUUCGGUCUCCUCUGGAGCUGUCUUGUCUGCUCAAGUGGCGGACGGUGCUGAGUCCGUGGUGAAGAACGACAGCAAGAGGAAGGGGAAGAAGGAUCAGAGAAGGAACUCCAAGUCCAAGGGUUUUACCGUGGCUGCACGUAGUCGGAAUAUGGGUACAGAUGCAGCAGACGGCUCGGUGGAGGUGAUCAUGAUGAUGACGGCGAAGGUGAACAGUAGCUCCAACCGAUCGGGAUCGGGAUCUGGAUCGACAGCAUCUGGUGAGAGUAAUGGUUCCGGUUCUGAAAGCCGUUUGAGACGGGAUAGCGAUCGGGAUCUGAACGAAGUUCAGAGCCUCGUCGCCCGGGUCCGUAUCCCGAUCAGCAGCGUUGAUUACUCGAAGAAGACUGGCCGCGGCGGGAACAUUCGUUUCCGGUGGAUUCCGCCUCAGCUCGUCGCGGAUGGGCGGAGGUUCUUCGUCGAGAAGACAACUCAGCACAAUGGAGAAUGGCCUGCUGUGUUAGUGAACAGCCAUGUUCGUGUUUCAGGGCCGUCGAUUUCCCGCGCAGCGGCGGCGCUGGAGAUGAAGAAGCAGCGAUUGCAGAAUGUGAGCCUGUGGGCGGUGAAUAGGGAUGGGAAGUGUACAUCGUUCCCCAGAUUCUCUUCGCCAAGGACAAGCAAUCAAGCCGAUCGUCCUCGAUCGGACGGUCCGGGUCCAACCUAUGUCAUCAAGGUUCUAACGUACGCGAAUCCCGACGGUCUACGGUCGCUGCUCACAUCUCUGCUGGCGGCGGACUACUCAUCAUCAUCUGGUCGAGAGGGGGAAGUCGAUGCCCACGUGUCAAUAGAUAUAUUCGUUGACAAGCCAUCGGAAUCAGACUCCCAGAACUCGACUGUCGUGGCUGCGCGUGCGUUAUGCUUGUCUACAGCGAAGGCGUUUAACUGGUCUAGGGGAGCGGUCAAAGUCGUAGAUCGGGAUCGGCAUUACGGGUGGGCAAGGCAGUGGAUGACUGCAUGGAACCCGGCUGUGCACAGUGAUGAGAUUGCGAUCUUUCUUGAAGAUCACGCUGUCGUAUCUGUCCGCUUCUUCCAGUGGCUUGAUUCUGCCGUUAGACAUUACAUGCGUCCUGGCGGAGGAGGAGGAGGAGGAGGAGGAGGAGGGUACGAUGGCCGAUUAAUGGCAAUCUCGAUGCAUCCGUUGUCUUUUGAAAUGCUCCCUCCUCCUCCUCCUCCUCCUCCUCUUGCUGCUGCUUACGGCGAUCCUUCAUCGACUGAGAGGUCGGGUUCAAACUCUGGGUCUAUGUCGAAGCUAGCCGAAGAGGAGAAGGAGAGGAAGAAGAAGAGGAGGAAGGAAGAGGAGGUGGAGGUGGAGAGAGAGAACGCCGACGCCAGUUCAAAGGAGGAGGAGGUAUUCCUCCCGCUCCCUCCUCCUCCUCCCUUCCUUUCUGACCAUGAUCACUCCCUUCCUCUCCCAAUUGACUCUCAUCUUUUCAGACACCAGAUGCCCCCCACGUGGGGUGCUGCCAUGUCAGCUCAUCAUUGGCGGGAGUUUCUUCUGUGGGCAAGCAACCUCCUUCAGCGCGCCGGCUUCAUCCCAUGUUUCAGCAACGUGGUCACCAAUGAUUGGUUAGUGAAACUUCCAGGAGAGGCCGGGGUAUGUAGUGCUUGGUUUGUUCGGUUCAUCGGUGAAAGGGGUUGGUACACCCUUUACCCUAAUUUCCCGAAUAGGAAAGCGCUUCUCGUUGGCAAAAAAGGCAAAACCGUCGGUCUGAGGCUUGUUUCCGGAUCUGAGAGAGGAGGAGAAGAAGGAGAGGGAGGAGGAGGAGGAGGAGGAGGAACGGUUGGUACUUCUGCUGACAAUGCCGGGGUGGUAGGCGUAGUUCCCGUUAACACUCUUUCUUCGUGGUUCUCAGGGGGAGGAGAGAAACGAAAAGAGAAGAGAAAAGGAGGUGAUGAGGAUGAAGAAACGUAUCUGACAGACUUUCCUAAUAAAGAUGAUCUACCGCUUUUCGACUUUCACUUUAAUAGAGUGGUUGAGAAUCCUGAUGUGUUAGAAGGCCGUGGUUUAUACACCGAUUUUAGGAAUACCGAUCUUCACUGAUCAUUCUAUUUGUAGCGACGAAUAAUCUUUGGGUUCAGUCGGAGAUCGCCGCGAGCCGU